UACUGUAUUAAAUUUUAAAGCUGUUUUAACCUAUAGAAUUUUCAUUCGACUAAUUGCGUACUGUCAGUGCCAGCGAUAAACUGGAAACUCUACGGUUAUGUCGGCACCCUCCCUACUACUCUCUGCACAGUACCUUUUCCAUCUUGAACACAAUUUUCAAGAGGGAGUAUAGCAGUGUUUUGAAAUUCACAAUUGUGUAUAUUACUACAACUGUUAAGAAACAUUGCUUUAUAUAAAUUUUAUAUGAAUUUAAAUGAUACAAAUUGAUCUUUUGAUUUCAUGUGUUAAUACGCAAUUUUAGUAUUAUUCUCGGAUGUAUCAAACUAUAAUUAACAUAUGAUAUUUUCUGUAACAAUGAUUUAAAUUGUGUGUUAUACGUGUAUGAUUUGACGGCAUUUAUAUCAAAAUUUUCGUAAUGAACUUAUCCCUUAAAGAUCCGAUAUUCCCGGAUAUCUGCAAUAUAUUUUAUGUGUAAAUUGUAAAAUAUCAUAUUAAAAUGCAUUAAAUUUUAGAAUUAAAAUUUAUUACUGAAAAACAAGGCACAUUAAAUUGGCUGUAAUGUUACUUUUAAUAAGGUUGUAUAUAAUUGGGCAGUCCACAUUCUUGAGGAUACCUCGUAUAAGACGAAAUCUUUUUCUUUCUGUUACUGACUUUAGUCACUGGUUAAUCAACGUAAUAUCAUGUUUUAAAAGUUAUAGUGAACCUUCAGAAGAGAAAAAGUUAAGCUUAUUAUGUGAAGUACGGUAUUAAUUACAUUUUGUUCGUACUGUAAAUUUUUUACUGUAUAAUGAUUUCAGGUUUUCUUAUUUUAGCUAUUAUAUGGCUUCGGUUAAAAAUUGGUACCCUUAACUUUGCUAGAAACCCUUCGUGCUAUCAUGAGAAUUCGACUACGACAACGCAUAUGAAGACCUGUUUGCGUAGAGUCAUAUUCACGUGUUUAAUAAGAAAUGGCCGAAGCAGAAGUUUCAAGUGAGGAAAAGAGUGUCGUAGUUCGUCCAGUUAAUUACAUACAAGUUGCAGUUGAAACGGACGGAGUGACGCAGAAAGAAAAUAUAUUUAAAGACCUAUUAAAAGUGGAAAAUGCUAAUGAAUACAGGAUGAUGCUGAAAAAGUGUACACAUAUUCAUAUUGGACCGAAAAUAGAAAUUCAUUCCGAUGAAACAAAGACAAGAUCCUUAAAGAAAGAAGAGGACGAAAGGAAUGAAAUGUUCAACAGUUGCUGCCAAAUAUUGAAAACUAAAUAUAUGACCUACUUCUCCUACAUGAGGUCUUUUUUAUGGGAAGGCGAGAGGAACGACUUUCCAUUAAAGGAUUAUUUCGUAGAAUUGACUGUACAGAAGGCAGAUUUAUUUGGAAAAAACAGCGGAGAUAAAAUAAGCUUGAAUGAGGUAUUUUCCAUACAACAAGAUGGACACCAAACUAUUUUAGUAACAGGGGAUCCCGGUUAUGGCAAAUCUACUCUUUGCAAGAAAGUUCUGUACGAUUGGGCAACCACGAAUUAUCUUAAACACUUCGAUUUAACUUUUAUUGUAAUUUUAAGAGAAUUAGGCAAUAAAUGUGUGAAGGAUGUAAUACUGGACAACAUGCAUGAACACGCAACAACUGACAGUGAUUUGCAUCUACAAUAUAAACGACUGAAUAUUUUAGUGAUUUUGGAUGGGUUCGAUGAGAUUGUAGAAAAAUACAAAAUUAUAAAAUUUAUAAGAGAGGAAUCUUUUUAUAUUUCCCGUCGAAUGACGAUUGUGGUUACCAGUCGACCUCAAGCAGCAGAAGACAUCAGAGAAGACAUGAAGAUGAGAUUUUCCAUAGAAGGGUUUUCUCCAGAAUAUCAAGAGAAAUAUAUUAAAUUAAUGUUUAGAGAAGACAAGAGAAAAGCAACAGAACUGUCUUCAGUUCUAAAAGAAAUCGACUUUUACAGAAAAAUGGCGGAAUGCCCGCUGAUGUUACACAUGUUGUGUUGUCUUUAUCACAAUGGAAAGAUGACAGAAGUUGAAACAAUAACUGAUUUAUACAUCCGAAUAUUUAUUCUUGUAACCGAACGUUAUGUUAGAAAAACAAAUCAGCAGAACAAGUUUAAAAGAGGAAAAUAUUUUGUGGGAGAAAAUUUGCUAAUGAAAUUGGGAGAAGUUCACUUUAUCACCUCAGAACGAUUGAGGAAUUGUUUUCCAAAUGAAGAAGAAUACAACUUUAUUAUUGGACUGGACAUUCUGACUCUCGAUUCCUUUUCUGAAUGCGAUAAUAUAAUUCGAUAUAAGUUUGUACAUCGCACAUUUGGCGAAUUUCUAUCAGCAUUAUCAAUGUACGUCAGUUUUCAAUCUACCAAUCUAUGUAUGUUCUCACCUGCUAAUAGUAUUAUUGGUAUGAAAUUCUUGUUUUUGUUGGGAUUUUAUCAAGAAGAACCUUUAUCCGAACGGUUAUUAACGUACGUAGAAAAGGAAAUGUUCAAGCCUUAAUUCAUGCUUCAAGUUCACAAACAAAUCAAACUGACAAAGAAUUGGGAACGAUUUUGUUCUCGUGCAAAAGUGAUAUUUUAUUCUUGGAAAGACUUUAGUGAUUUUUAAGAGCUAGUGGAGUUGUAUGAAUUCAACGAGUUAUAUUUCUAUUUUCAGGAGAGAAA